AUGUCCCCAAGUUUCCUGGAUGACACCAAAGUGAAGAACUUCAUCACUUGCUUCAAAGACGUGACCUUCCUCACGUUCUUCUUCACGCGGCUGGAGCCGAACCGCAGCGGCCGCUACGAGCGCGAAUUCCCGUUCGUGUCCCGCUGCGGCGCGGAGCGCAACUUCCUGCGCUGCGAGCACAGACCCAUCGUCUUCACCCGCCUCCUGCCCCCGGACGCCUCCUCCUCAGCCUCCUCCUGCUCCCGCCGCGCCGUGCUGUCGUUCUGCGGCGGCGGGGAGCGGCUGGCCGUGCCGUUCCGGCCCGAGGCGCUGGUGAUGCUGCCGGAGAACGGGCGCUUGUACCACCCGGCGCCGGGCCGGGCGGGGGGCGCGGGGCCGGUGCGCUCGGCGCUGGCUCUGGAGUGGGGGGUCCCGCUUGGAGUCUCUGGCAAUUGA